AUGAAGGAGGGAACACUUAUCGCAAGACGGGAUUACUAUUUAACCGGGUUUCCAAGUGUAGUAGAACAUCAGUUCAACAUGUCCGAUGAAGUAUAUAUGAACUGUUAUCCAGAGCUUGAAAGCCGUCCUGUAGAGUUUGAAAACCAAUAUCCAAAGCUUGAAAAUGUUUCUGGGCUUGAAGACGACCAUCCAAAGCGUGAAGACCCCCGGCCAGAGCUUGAAGACCAUCAUCUAGAGCUUAAAGAAACGUUUAAUCUUGAAGACCAAUAUCCAGAUCUUAAAGAAGUUUUAAAGUUCAACGACCGCCAUCCGAAGCUUGAAGAACAUUGUACAGAGCUUGAAGCCCUAGAGCUUGAAUGCCAUUAUCCAGAGCUUAAAGACGUAGAGCUUGAAGACCCCGUCCUAAACCGUUUCGGAGCAUUCGAAGGUUCCAACACUCCCAUCAAACUUUCUCCUCAGCUAUCCCAGAGUAACUACGUGGAAUUCACGUAUGACGUCGUCACGGACACUUAUUCUCAACAUCCGAAGCACGGAUUUUUGGCUCAAGCUUUCAAAGUGAAAAAUGUGCAGCGAGUUGAAAAGCACGAGAUGGGCGGAUAUUUUUUCGGAUAUUUUCUAAUAAUGAAUUUAUCAAUAAAAACGAAACUUCCAAAACUUGCACGAAUGGAACAAUUGGAUGACGGCCUAUUUGAGUAUGGAACGAGGAGAUAUAGAUGGAAAUAUCUCAUGGUAUUUCGAUCUUAGAUCACUGGAAAAAUCGAUCGAAAAAAUGGAAAUUCGUUUUGCGGGAUUUAAACAAUUCGAAAGGGCAAAGGUCGAGAUGACGGCCCGAUUUGGAGACAUUGGCAUUAAAUUUCCGACCAAUGGCUCGCUAACAUUGACAGAGCCAAAAAAUACUGGACUACUGAAGAUUCAGGCAACACUUUUCGGAGACGAACGCUUGCUUGCGUUCCAGCAAGCUCAGAUUUUCGGAACAACGUUUACAAGAGGAAGACAGCGACGAGACGAAAGCUU